GAGAAACCAUAAAAAAUAUGCACAUUAUCUACGCGAAUAAGGGUACAGCUAAAACGUGUCCAUGACCACUCUCAGGCUGCUCUCUGGUGUCCAAUUGCAACGUCGUCAAUGGGAUGUUCCUUUGUUUUGACAUUUAAAGAAACACGUCAGUGUGUAGGGUGAUUUUGACAGAUUUCUUAAAGAUCAGCAAAGGCAAUUAAUCGAGCCACAAAGAUGGAGUCAGACGAAAUUGAGGGAGCGUCGAAAUCAGGAACAUAUAUUCGAAACGACAAAAAUGCCGUCAUCGAUUACGACGAAGACAGAUUGCAUGAGAUGACUGCGUCUUAUUCUGAAAUAUCAUUUGAUUCCCAAUCCUCGCCACCUAUCUCAGAAUUAAGAUCGCUUAUUGACUCUCCAGACAUUGACAGUGGAAAAUUUUUGGAUGAUAAUCUGGAGAAAAUGGGAGGAACAGGUCAUAGACCAGAUCAAUUAAAUUUGCGAAGUAGAGAUGACAGUCCAAUAGAAAAUGACGAUCUUGACCCACCAAGUUAUCACAAAGCUAUGGGUUAUUUGCAACUGGAAGGAAAAGUAAUGCAGGAUGGAGAUAUGGUGUUGUUUGUGACAGAAGAUUUAGAAAACAAAAUCAAAUUGUCUAGUCCUGUAACCAAAAAGGGAGAUACUCCAUCAUUUCCAGGAUCUCGGAGCUCAACUCCAUGCUUAUAUAGACAAGCUCUAACUCCACAAUUACCACCUCUUGAUCACAAUGUAUUAAAUGAAUUGGAGAUGGAAGCUAGAAAAGUUGCAACUAGUGUGGAUGCACUGACUGAAAAUCUGGCCGCUAUUUUACAAAAUGCAUCUGCUCUUACAGUUGGUUGUUUAGAAACAUAUAGAGAUGCAGUAUGUAAAACAUGCGACGCGGUGGAUCACAAUAUAAAAUCAAUGUAUCAGUUAAUGGCUAAGUGCGAGGAAUUGUCUAAAUCAAUGGGACCAAUUUAUAAAUUAGCAGAGCAAAUCAAGGAAAUGAAGAGGAUGUUGGAAUUGUUCGAGAGCGCUAUGAAUCUGUGAAGCAACAUGAACAGAAAUUGCAUAGUGUGUCACAAAUAAUUAUAUUUCCGCGCGUUUUUAGAUCUAUUAUGAAAAUGUAUUUGCACAUUGUUACAUAUUACAUUCAUGAUAUUAGAAAAAAAUCUGUUGAUGUAUUAUGCAAAUAGAAUUAUGCAUAUGCUUUUCUGAAAAGUAUGCAUAUAUGCAAGUGAAUGUAUGUGAGUAUAUAUGCA